AGGGCUAACCUUACGGGCUCUCUCUCUCCCAACUUGCUUGGAAAAAACACAGGGUUGACGAGCAGAGAAAGGUGAGCCGCCAUCUCUAUCUUUCUCUUUCUGCGCCUCUCUCUCGCUAGACAGACCCAGAAAGCCAUUCACCAUUUCAGCUUAUAUGAUAAUGCAGUCAUUGCUACAUAGGGAGGAAUGAAACACAUUUCGUGCACCUGUAAUUGACAAAUGCUUUACUGGAUGGAUAGCAUUAGGAGAAUGGCCUUAUAGUAGUGAUGCUGCUAUAUGAGCAAAUGUUACGAGCAAAACAUAUCGGUAACCUUUCCAAUAGUGCUCGGUCCUUUUUUCUUAAUGGGUCACGAUGCAGUGCAGCAGAUGGAAAUUCAUGUACUUGCCCUGAAGAUGAAACUUGUGUUUCAAGAAGGCAGAGUAAAAGAAAUGAAGUUCUGCUUGCACAAAAGCCAUCCACCUUAGUAUCCACAUCUUCGAGCAGAGUAGGAACCUUAGUUUCAGAGGAGUCAGUUAAAGUACUAGGUUCUCAGAAGGCUAAGAAUGUUGAUCACCCAAGUCCUCUGAAACAAGUUGUUUCUGCCCCCAGUUCUUUGAGGAGAUCUGAUUGUGUAAGUUAUGCUACUGGCAUUGAUGCUGCUCAAAAGGAUGUGGUGCAGUCAUCACCCCUUAUCUCUGACCAGUUUGUUAAGGCUGGCAUUGCAACGGUAAAUUUUCUGUCUGAUUUAGUAAAUUAUAAGCUUCCUCUAUCAGGUGGAGAUGGACUACUAAAUUCAACUGGGAACUGUAUGGUCGAUCCCACUAGGCCUCUCUCCAGCAUCAAAUCAGCAAAUGUGAGACACAUCAAAAGAGAGAACUUUUCCAGUGUUCAUCCAAGAUCAUCUCCGCAGGUAGCGGCUGGGUCAAAUGAUACAACAAAUGUUCAUGCAACAAGGGGUAAAGGUGAUAAAUCCAAUUUCGUUAAAGGUCUCAAGCAUGGUCCAUAUGCUGGAACAGGGAAUUCGGUGGCAGCUCACAGUAUAUCUUCAGAUGCUCAUGAGAAGAAGACUGUACCAGAGAGAACAAGAGCUCAUUCAAACCGCUUCACAUCUAAUUGUAAUUUGAACGUGCAGACUUCAGAUGCAGAGUUUGUGGGUUCUAAUAGUAGAGGUUUCAACAGACACAAUAGAGGUUUUAACAAACCGCCCAGCGAUAUGGCAGUGGCAACAGGAAUUGCUCCAAUUAAGAGGCAGUUUGCAAAUCCUGGGCAUGCUGUGGGAAGUGUUUAUCAAAUACUGCAACAACUGAAGUGGGGUCCUGCGGCUGAAAAGGCUCUUGGAGAUCUCAGAUAUCCAAUGGAUGCGUUUCAGGCAAACCAGAUUCUCAAGCAACUUCAAGACCACUCAGUUGCCCUUGGCUUUUUCUAUUGGUUGAAGCGGCAACCUGGGUUCAAGCAUGAUGGGCACACUUAUACCACCAUGGUUGGCAACCUUGGAAAAGCCAGGCAGUUUGGCGCAAUAAACAAAUUGCUUGAUCAGAUGGUGAAGGAUGGUUGCCAGCCUAAUGUUGUGACAUAUAACCGUUUGAUUCAUAGUUAUGGCCGUGCAAACUACUUGAAGGAAGCACUCAGGGUUUUCAAUCAAAUGCAGGAGGCAGGAUGUGAACCUGACCGUGUCACUUACUGUACACUCAUUGACAUCCAUGCCAAAUCUGGCUUUCUUGAUGUUGCCAUGUGUAUGUAUGAGAGAAUGCAAGAGGCUGGUCUUUCUCCUGACACAUUUACUUACAGUGUUAUAAUCAACUGCCUUGGGAAAGCUGGGAAUUUGGCUGCAGCCCAAACGCUAUUCUGCGAGAUGAGAGAUCAGGGUUGUGUUCCUAAUUUAGUCACCUAUAAUAUCAUGAUUGCUUUGCAAGCCAAAGCAAGGAACUAUGAAACCGCCUUGAAGCUUUAUCGCGAUAUGCAGAAUGCAGGAUUUGAACCUGAUAAAGUGAGUUAUAGCAUAGUGAUGGAGGUGCUUGGCCAUUGUGGGUACCUUGAGGAAGCAGAAGCAGUUUUUGUAGAAAUGAAACAGAAAAACUGGGUCCCGGAUGAACCUGUUUAUGGUCUUUUAGUUGACUUGUGGGGAAAGGCUGGUAAUGUUGAGAAGGCCUGGGAUUGGUACCAAGCAAUGCUCUAUGCUGGUUUGCGGCCUAAUGUGCCCACUUGCAAUUCCCUGCUCAGCGCUUUCCUUAGGGUGCACCGGCUGUCGGAUGCGUAUAAUUUACUACAGAGCAUGGUGGGUUUGGGUCUAAACCCUUCUUUGCAAACUUAUACAUUGCUCCUCAGUUGUAGUACAGAAGCACAGUCACCAUAUGACAUGGGGUUUUGUUGCAAGCUCAUGACCAUCACACGCCACCCUGCACAUACAUUUCUACUGUCCAUGCCAGCAGCAGGACCUGAUGGUCAAAAUGUGCGGAAUCAUGUAAGCAAGUUCCUGGACCUGAUGCAUUCUGAGGAUAGGGAGAGCAAGAGGGGACUGGUAGAUGCAGUGGUAGAUUUUCUUCACAAGUCAGGGCUCAAGGAGGAGGCAGGCUCAGUUUGGGAAGUGGCUGCACAAAAGAAUGUGUAUCCAGAUGCCGUCAAAGAGAAGAGCUCCUGCUAUUGGCUUAUUAACCUGCAUGUUAUGUCAGAUGGUACGGCUGUGACAGCACUGUCAAGGACACUUGCUUGGUUUCGCCAGCAAAUGCUAAUGUCAGGGAUAGGUCCCAGCCGGAUUGAUAUUGUAACCGGAUGGGGCCGGCGGAGCAGAGUGACAGGAUCGUCUAUGGUGAGGCAGGCUGUUCAGGAGCUGCUGAACAUAUUUAGCUUCCCAUUUUUCACUGAGAAUGGCAAUUCUGGGUGUUUUGUGGGAUGCGGGGAGCCUCUUAAUAGAUGGCUGCACCAAUCUUAUGUGGAGCGGAUGCAUCUACUGUAGUUGGUCAGAAUUUUGCUCUUAUUGUAACUUGAGCACAGUUUUUGUAGCUUAAACACAGUUUUGUGCUUGCCUCAUGCAUUAGCUAUGAUUCUAUGUACUUGACCUUGUUCUCGCGUGGAGCAUUUUAAGCUAAAAAAAGGCAAAUAUGUCAAUUUUAAGAGAUGCUACACUCUACAUACAACUUAUAUUAGUUGGGUUACAACUUUGAUGACAAUGGUGAUCUGCCUGAAGCCUGACAACAAUCAAUAUCGUAUCUACUGCUGGAAUAUGCAUGGUUGCCAGUGGGAAUGAGGAAAGUCCAGUGUCUGAUGCAGGGAAGGGAGAAAAAACAUGGAAGAUUUAAUAAUAUGUGGAGGAUCUUGUCUUAUUCACUAACUAUUUGCUUUGGCCUUUGGCUGCUUGGUUCCACUGUGAUUGUAGUCCAAUACGGUCGUUUUCUCUGGCAGAAAUCAGCUUUCAUUAACUUAGGCUUAAAUUUUUUUUUUA